GACCUCUGUUCUAGGAAAAUAAGUAUAAUCUUAUAAGCGCAAAAAUACCGCGGCAGUCGAGACUUGCCGGCUCAAGAAAAGGUGUUUCGCGAAUUUACAGUUUUUACAUUUGAACAGUACCGGCUAUAGCCUUCUAUUAACAUUAUGGCCACUCCACAGUCUGAUAUCGAGAGAAGGAAACAAAUCAGUGUUAGGGGCAUAGCUGAGUUAGAUGAUGUUAACGAAAUCAAAAAAACAUUCAACAGACACCUGCAUUAUACCCUUGUAAAGGACAGAAAUGUUGCCACUACCCGGGACUACUACUUUGCCUUGGCCCAUACAGUCAAGUCCCACCUUGUCUCUAGAUGGAUUAGGACCCAGCAAUAUUAUUAUGAGAAAGAUCCCAAGAGGGUGUAUUACCUUUCACUUGAGUUCUACAUGGGCCGUUCCCUACAAAACACAAUGAUCAAUUUGGGAAUCCAGACCCCCGUAGACGAGGCUCUCUAUCAACUAGGGUUAGAUAUUGAAGAACUGGAAGAUGUUGAAGAAGACGCUGGUCUAGGAAAUGGCGGUCUUGGGAGGUUGGCUGCUUGCUUUUUGGACUCCAUGGCCACUUUGGGUAUGGCGGCUUAUGGUUACGGUAUCAGAUACGAAUACGGCAUUUUUGCACAAAAAAUCGUCAACGGCGAACAACAAGAAGAACCUGACGAUUGGUUGAGAUACGGUAACCCAUGGGAAAAGGCCAGGCCCGAAUACAUGCUUCCAGUAAACUUCUACGGCAAUGUCAUCGACACACCCGAGGGUAAAAAAUGGGUGAACACUCAAGUAGUUUUCGCUCUUCCCUACGACAAUCCCAUCCCUGGAUACCAAAACAACGUGGUUAACACUUUAAGGCUGUGGUCUGCUAAGUCACCUGUUGAUUUUAACUUGAAAUUCUUUAACGAUGGUGACUAUAUUCAAGCUGUGCUCGAUAGAAAUCUCGCUGAAAACAUAUCAAGAGUAUUGUACCCUAAUGAUAACUUCUUCGAAGGCAAAGAACUCAGAUUGAAGCAAGAGUACUUUAUGUGUGCUGCAACACUACAAGACAUCAUCCGAAGAUUCAAAUCGGCCAAGUUCGGUACACGGGAAGCUACCAGAACCAACUUCGAUUUGUUACCUAGCAAAGUUGCUAUCCAGUUGAACGAUACUCAUCCUUCAUUGGCCAUUCCGGAGUUGAUGAGAAUUUUGAUUGACAUUGAGGGUCUUCCAUGGGAGAAAGCCUGGGACAUAACUGUCAAGACUUGCGCUUACACCAACCACACUGUUCUUCCUGAAGCUCUCGAGAGGUGGCCAGUAUCCAUGUUAGAAAGUAUCCUUCCAAGACACUUGCAGAUCAUCUACCAUAUUAACUUCCUCCAUAUGCAAGCAGUCGAAAAACGUUGGCCAAAAGAUAUGGACAGGAUGAGGCGUAUGUCGCUGAUCGAAGAAGACGGAGAGAAGAGAGUAAACAUGGCCCAUCUCUCCAUUGUUGGUUCACAUGCCGUCAACGGUGUUGCCAGAAUCCAUUCUGAUAUUAUUAAGGCCGAUUUAUUCAAAGAUUUCUACGAAUUAUCACCAGAAAAAUUCCAAAACAAAACAAACGGAAUUACCCCAAGGAGAUGGUUGCUUCUGUGCAACCCAGGACUGAGCGACUUGAUUUCAGACAAAAUUGGGGAAGACUGGACUGUACAUCUCGACCAGCUACAAAAACUCAAGAAAUGGGCCAAAGACCCCAACUUCCAGAGAGCAGUGAUGAAAGUCAAACAAGAAAACAAGCUGAGACUCGCACAACUUUUGGAAAAAGAUUACGGUGUUAAAAUUAACCCAUCAUCAAUGUUUGACAUCCAAGUCAAGAGAAUCCACGAAUAUAAGAGACAGCUUCUCAACUGCCUCCAUAUAAUAACUCUAUACAAUAGAAUAAAGAAGAAUCCUUCAGCCAAGUUCACCCCAAGAACUAUCAUGAUCGGAGGAAAGGCAGCCCCUGGUUACUAUACUGCUAAGAAGAUAAUCAAACUUAUCAAUAUGGUCGGAAAUGUCGUCAAUAACGAUCCAAUUGUUGGUGAUAAACUCAAAGUUAUCUACUUGGAGAAUUACAGAGUCACGUUGGCCGAGAAGAUCAUGCCAGCUGCCGAUUUAAGUGAACAAAUUUCCACUGCCGGUACUGAAGCUUCUGGAACAGGUAACAUGAAAUUCCAGUUGAACGGUGCCCUCACUAUCGGCACUUUGGAUGGGGCUAACGUUGAAAUGGCAGAAGAAAUGGGCAACGAGAACAUUUUCAUCUUCGGUAUGACAGUAGACGAAGUGGAAGCACUUCACAAGAAAGGCUACAACGCAAUGGAUUACUACAAUGCCAUUCCUGAGCUUAAACAGGUCGUCGAUCAAAUCCAAAAUGGCUUCUUCAGUCCCGGUAACCCUGAUGAGUUCAGAGACAUUGCAGAUAUAUUACUCAAAUAUGAUAGGUUCUUGUUACUUGCUGAUUACGAGGCUUACAUUAAGAAACAGGACGAAGUUAGUGCUGUAUAUCAAAAUCAAGCUAAAUGGUUGGAAAUGGCAAUCAACAACAUCGCUAGCUCCGGAAAGUUCUCGAGCGAUCGCACAAUCAUCGAAUACGGUAAAGACAUCUGGGGAGUAACACCCAACUACGAGAAACUGCCUGACCCCUCCGUUCCUAGGGAAUUAGCUUUAAAAGAUAAUUAAAUUUGAUUUUUUUAUUGUUGUACUCAUGCAACUUUUGUAAAGUUGUACGCUUAGUAUGAAUAUUAGGGAGAAAGUAUUCUUUAAAACGUGUAUUUAGCAACAAAAGUUUAUUUGGGUGUCCGUUUUUGUUUUUAUCUUAAAAAAGAGACUACUAGCAUUGACUGUAUUUUAGAUACAAUUACAGUAUUAUGAAUAAACUUAUUUCAAAACCAUACAAAUUUAAAAUGAGAGGUUUUCCUUUAUAUUGUCACAUUUGUUAUUUCAGAAAGCGAGAAAAUCAAGGAAUAAAAUUGGACGAUGAAGUGGAGAUAAACUACAUAUUAUGUUUUUAUAUUUUAAUAAUAAAACAGAUCUGCAGGAUAUAUUGUAAUGCAAAUAUUCUAGCUCAAGAAUCUCUAAUUACUGUACUUCCUAAUUUUUUUGAGAGUGACUAUCAAAAAAUUUAAAACUGUGGUCUUGUUCUUCGUAUGCCACCGUAUUAGACGUAGAAUAGUAUCUUAACAGUAUUUUUGACAUUUUACAAUAUAUGUUGAAUAAUAUCUUCUAAAAAGUUUCUGUCUUAGCACGAAAUGAGCACACAAAUACUCUACGAAAUAUAUAGGAUAGAUUGUAAAAUCUAUAGAUAUUUGCGAAACAUUAUUUGAGGAAUACUUUGGAUAAUUGCAGAAAUGAAACCCAAAUAGACAUUUUUUUUAUAUUUCAGAUUUCUGAAAUUCUAUUUACUAAAUUAAGAGUGCCAUUUUAUCGUAUAUUUUAAGCAAUAUAGUCAAGUGAUAUUUCAGAAUGUUAAAUGUUUAAAAGAGUACAAAAUUAUGAUCACAAAGAUUAAUAAUUUUUUUGAGAAAAAAAAACCAGAUGUUUAUAAAGUUUAUUUGUUGUAAUACUAUGGUAGAGAAAUAUUUUUUAUAUUAUUUACUGAAAUUAUGUAUACAACUGGCAUGUCCUACAUUGUUUUUCUUGUUAUACAGUAAUAAAUAUAUGUAUCAUAUUAAAA